AUGGGUAAGAGAUUUUCAGAAUCUGCUGCGAAGAAAGCCGCUGGACAAGCGAGGAAAAGAGAGCAAGCGUACCAUAAGCACCAAGCUGAACUGGCGGCCCAAGAAGCUGAAGAGGCAGCUAAAUGGGAGCAAGGUUCCCGCAAGGAAAACCCAAAGAAAUUGCUAGAAGAGCAGAAAAAACAAGAAAAGCUUAGAGCAAAGAAAGAAAGAGAGGCACUACUGGCUGAGGAAGAAGCCAGCCUCGGAAAAGGUGGAAAGGGUAAGAAGAAAUAA